AUGGUCCAGACGCGCAAGGAACGCAAAUCUGCACAGAUACCACUGUCGCAGCCCGAUCGAUCUGUGCCGACAGAGAAGACCCUACUGGAACUCGCACAGGAACGACAGCUUUUCGACCAGGCGGAUGUCAGACAGCGGAAACUAGACAAGAAGCCCGCAACACAAAAGCCACAUGGUGGCCCAGAGGAUCAAGAAGACAUGUCCCCUACGGCAGAACGCAUACUGGAUGUCUUCUUUUGGAGUGUGAGCCUGUCAAUGCUGCAUUUCACCCUGGAUGUGCUAGUUCAGCACCAGUACGCCGUCGAGUUGUCCUGGUCUAGCGCCGUCUCCAGGACUCUGACAGCUUUGUUUGUCUUCUCCUUCCUGAUGUUCUUUCUCCAUGCGCAUCCGUCCUCCCCAACCUUGGUGUCUGCUUUGCCGGACAAGUACCAAACCCCUCUGCGCCAGGGCAUCUUCUUUGUAACAAGUGUUGUAUCUGGAUGCUACCUCAUAUACAUCUCAAACACCUUCAGCUACAUAGCUGUCAUGAAGCAGGCCCCGUCCAUAGGCUGUCUCUGGAUCUGGAGCGUGAUUGAACUCAAUGUGCUUCCUGCCGUCAUAUCGCUGGCUUGUGCAGGCGGGUAUCUGUGGUUUGGAGGCUACAAAAUCAUCUGA